UUAUCCACGUGUAACAGAAGGUAGAGAUUUGAAAAUAGCAUGUGCUGAAAACAGUAGAAUACCUGACUUGGAGCUGUUAGUGAUAUAACAGUACGUAUUCUUGGCGGAUGUGAUUUGGGAACGUAGUUUUUGGGUCAAAAGCACUAACUUGACUUGGUGAUAACCCUGGCGGUAAGAUAAAUUUUGUCUCAAUUUCAUCUGCAACAAAUUCAUUUUCUCUCAAAUUAGGUUGAAAGAUUGCCGUUUAUCGUUGCAUUUCAAAAACAAAACUGAUGUUAAAAAAGCUUUGUUCAGUUGAAUUUGAGGUUACGCCGAAAGAGCUAAAACUCGCUGCAUAAUAAUAGAAAUAAAGAUUAAAACAGCCUGUUUUCAUAAGAAAAAUCUUUACGUUGAUGUUGAAUCAACGAAAAAUGCUUCAGAAUUUUUUUCUCACUUCUUUAUAAAGUCGGUGAACUGGUGGUUUUUGAAAAUUUCCAAUGAAGACUACUUGAUCGGAAGUUAUGGUAAAUUCUUGAAAAAAAAAACUGAAAUUAAAAGAAAAAAUUGAAAUUUUCACAUUUCUCCAAAAAUUAAUUCAGUUUUUGUAUUAGCGGAAACUUGGUAUUCUUUCUAAUAAUUGAGAAUUACACAAAACUCAUUUUUGAUAUAUUUCAGUUUUUUUGGAGUGUUUGUUUUUAUAACACAAGAUAAAGUUGCAGAUUUUUAGGUAAAAAGAAGACAACAAUAGAAUUUUUCCAAAACUGAAUAAUCAGUUGAGGAUACACUAUACACUAUGUUAAACUCUCACUGCGUCUUUCAGUUAUAUAUAUUGUGACUUAAGUUCGGUUUUUUUUUUUCAGCAAUCUUUACUGUAACCUCUAAGUAUAAUGCAGGCUUUGAGAUUUCUUUAUUCAAUCGGAGCACCUUUAGGUCUUGUAAUAGUUCGUAUGAUAUCCACUUUUCUGAUACGAAAAAAGAUUCAAAACAACUUCACGGGUGAAAAUCGUAUGAAACCUGUUUCCCAAUGCAGCAUGCGAUCUAAAAUAAAAUCGGUUAAGUCUCAUCGCACGUGCGCCAAAGAGCUCCGGUCGAUUUCCAGUCCAGAGGGCGUUGUCUUGCGGCUGGUUGAUCAGUUUUCUUUUUUUUAUUCAAAUUUUAACCAGUUUAGAUCCACGCAAAUAGAAACACUCUUUACUUAAUGGAAAAAUUGUUUCUUUCCUGUGUAAACAAUCUUCAGUAAAAAUUUAUUAAAAUUCAUCAGACUUCUUUGCCAUAGAAGUUAAAAAUAGAUACAUUAAUUCUGUUGGUUAUGAUACCAAGGGAAGCCCUCAAAAACGCUAUUCAAAGCAAGGAAACCAUCCCAGAAGCCGCGAUGUAAAGUUUUAGUUUACCAUAGGCUCAAUUUGACACAUAGCUGAACUAAUCAGGAUUUCUUGUGAAUUGAGUCAACCUUGUUUAUCUUUAGAGCGACAUGGUAAGUUAACCACAUGUAAUGAAAAAUAUUUUAACGGGAGUACCUGCUUUGCCUCGGCAACGAGUUGAUAUAUAUCUUUGUAAAGAUAUAGAAAAGUGUCAGUUGCUGAAACUUUGUUUUCAAAUGCAAAUUGGUUUUCAACAAGUCUUUGCUUGUAGCCUUCAAUUCGGGAUUGCUUUUUCGCCUGUCGAGGUUAUGGUGGUUUUCAAUACAAUGAAAAUGAUAUAUAAAAGUUUAAUCGAAUUUGUCCCGAAUUAAAAGACUGCAAUUUGCUUGAAACAGAAUUAUGAAUAUUCAACUUAAUUGAUUUAUCCCCAAGAAAGUUCGGCACGCGUUUGUGAAAUGGCAUGUAUCAAAUAUAUUCAUAAAAACAACCCGAAGCGUUUUUUCUUCUAGAGGCCAUGCGACUGACAAGCUGUCCGCGGGCUUCUUUGUUACACCGACUCGUUUGUACAUAACAAAUGAAUGAUUUUAUUCAUAUGUUAAUGCAGCGCAAGCUCUAAGCACCUCUGCCACUUGAAUAACUUGUUUUGUCUUCUUUCACACGAACAGCAUUAUUGCUCCCUCAGGAGAGACAACGAGCUUCUGUGAUUGGACCAUCCAUCACAACUGCGGUUAUCGAAAUACUUCUGCCUCGUGCCAUUAGGAGAACAAAUUAACAUCGUUGUUACUAGUUCGGUUCAUUAACCAGUCAGUCAGCUAAACAACACAGCCGCGAUGGAGUACUGCACGUCAUUCAAAGUUGUUCGCUGGCUUCUGUUAUUGACUUGUUUCAACUCGGUGUGUCCUACCAGCUUGGAAGAAGAUUGCAUCUGGCGAGGAAGGUAGGAAAAUAACUCAGUUUUGGUAGUUUACUGUGAACAGAAGACGUCAGUAAUUAUCAGUGCGGAAAGAUUUUUAAUAAACCGAGCGCGUGCCAAAUGAGUAUGUGGUGAAGACUCGAAGCUGCAGUUCUAAGAAACAAUUUUUAAAUACCGUAACAAACGCGCAACUUCCCCUCGACCGGUAUUCUUUGGUUUAAUUUUGCAAGUUUUUGAGUUACAUCGAUAUUUCCGCGCCAUUUAUGACCAGCGCAAGUUUAAGUGUUUUGUUUUGAUAGUAGGCGAUAGUCCGCGUAAAUCGUUGCUGUUAAUUUUAUGAAAAGAGUUUUAGAUAACCGUAUCUGAACUUGUUCUUAUCCGGUUGACAGAAAAGAAACAGAUUUGUUCGAUGAAUGGAAAUCAUGCUCAAAAUACAAAGUUUCCCAGCAAUGACGUUACUUGAUUGUACACACGAACUAUCAAAUUUGACAAGCAAUUAUGAGACAGCACAAUGUGAAAAAUUUCAAGGUCUAAUUGGUAAAAAGCUUGGUAAAACACAGUUGAUGGCGAAUCUGUUCCCCUUUUUCCAGUUUUCAUGAGUGCUCUGUAAAAUUAGUGCAACGUCGUGUAGAAUAAUGAAUUCGAACUUGUUUUCUUUUUCAUCUGGAGUAUUAACUGUCUGUUUGGGGCACGUGCUUUGCUUUUGUGUUUGCGGAGACCCAUUGUUUGAAUGCGCGCAAACAAAAGGAACAGCGAGUACGUAGUUCCCGAUUUGCCUAACAGAAUUGUGUUAUUGUUCACUUUGCUUCUUCUCUUUGUGUGUUUUUGCAAUUCACGAGAGAAAGCGGAAAAUGCAUGUUCUCUAACAAAAAACAGAAACAAAAAUACAAAACCAUUUUACCAUCCCAACGUCUUUAUUUCAGCGUCAAAGUUAUUCAAUCAAAAUAUAACCGCAUUCAAUCAAAAUAUAACCGCCAGCUGCUGGUACAAUUUAAUUCUGAAGAGGGCUCUCAGGCCCAUAUCACGAAAUUUAUCGCGGCAAAAUGCGCGCAAGUUUUCUUUCUCACAUAAAUAAUUCAACCAAAGAAUAUUCUGGAGGCAACACGCUAAUCCAAAUAACUGUUGACAAGAUUUAUAAUCUCGAUAAGAGACAAAGCUGAUAAAGGAAAAAAAUUGAAAAAAUUCAAGCUUUUCGCCUUAGGAAAGUGUAAUGAUAUUUGAGAUUUGGAAUAUCAAUGAGCUCUUUACCUUAUCUCUGAUUAAAAUCGUAUUGGCUGUUUUUAGCCAUCUUUUGCUAAGAGAUAGGUAGCUUUCCCGCUAAAAGACAGAGAAAGAAAUAUUCUCAAUUAUUGACGAAAAUAUGCGACAUCUUUUUGGCGUGACCUAUCUUACAUUUCGUUUUGUCGCCAACGCAGAAGUUACGCAUCUUUAGGCAUGAACCAUGCACUUUGGACUAAAACCGUUUUUUCCGAAUGUCGUGACCUCUGAUAAGCUUUAUUUUAUAUUUUGUCGGAAUGUUUCGGGUGAGUAACAUCAGUAACGUACAUUUUGCCUUUACACAACCUAAUUAACGUUAUUGAGAAAAUGGCGCGCAAUAUCUAAGUCCUUGUUUUGGAAUUAUCUGCUAUCUGAAAUGUGAGCUUUGAAAAUGUGAAAAACAUCUUUAAAACGUUAAAGAAAGGAGUUUAGAGUAUGGUGAAUCGCGUAACACUUCACAUGCUAUGAAAAUUGUUUAUUUGAAUAAGUUCAAGUCGCGUAUCACUCUCCAGUCUCUCCACAUACUCAUGUAAUGUGGGCGCCUUCUUGAGCAAAACUUUCUCCUAUCAAGGGCAAGCAGUUCUUUAGUAAACAAACACCUCAAGCGAAUCGCCACACUGAUAUUUUUUUUUGAGCACCGAAUUCCAAUUACAUCCUCUUAAUACAGGUUCUACUGUAGCUUACAUAAAAUUUCUGGUGGUCUAUAUUGCGAAGUUUUUUGCUGAUAUGAAUUCAUUACUUCUGAAAGAAAAUGUCGUCGAUACUGUAUGUAUGACGUAACGAAAACGGUGCCAGUAACAACUGACUGUGUCCCUGUAGCUAAUGAGACUUAAUAUAGUAACCCCGGUCUAUAAUUACCCUUUGAUCUUCCUUUUGCCAGCGGUGUUCCUCGUCAAGAAAGGCCAUCAGUAGUCAGCAUAGAGACCAAGUGUCACCAAGGGGAACUUCAUUGGUCAAACCCUUUUGGUGGCCUGCGAGUCACGUUCAAUCCACGUGAUGUGCACGCCGACUAUAAACUGUGUUUCACCGCACGGCAUCCUGGUGUAAGGAUUUACAUUGAGUGGGGACAGAAUUUGACUUUGUUGAGAGGAACUGAGGAAAACGAGACAAGAAAUGCAGUUUGCGUAAAGAGCUCCGCGGCACAACGUCCAGUGUUGUACCUAGAAACUCAGGAAGACCAAAUAAUGACACAACUGAAUUACACUGUGCUGGUGAAUGGUAGAAAGAGACCCAUACAUAAAAGACGAAAAGGUAAAAUGACUGAGAAUGAAUUCUUAACAUGACACGCAACGCAACGUUGAUCGUACACUCUUGUAGUUGUUUAGAUCGAUGCCGUGGCUUUAGCAGGCCAUAAUUGUGUUCAAUCCCUGCCUGGGUCAUCGUGUUGUGACAUGUGACUCUAACAGUGCCCCUCGCCAAUGGUUGGCUGCAAGCUUUACGUAAAACUUGACGACCCUCGGAGGGGUGGGGGGGGUCUGGAAAGGGUUAGCACCCCACAGGGGAGGAGUAGCAAUACUCUGACUCGCAGCCUUAAUCCUACAGACGACAGUCUUGUUCCCGCGCACAGCCUUUUUCGGAGAUAGCCAUGAUGACGCACAUGACUAAAUUAAAACCACGGAGGACUUUUCCCUUGACAAUUGAUAGAACCAUCAAUAGCAAGAAAUUGUCAGCAGGUGAAGUGUGCCAUAGAAUACUCAUCAACAAUUUGCUUGAACUGGCCGUAACAUGUAAUUCGUUAUUUUUUAUCCACAGAAUGCAAGCCAUGUCACUAUAGAGAACUGCUCAGAUCUUUUUGUGAAGCAAAUUUUGGUAAGUAUAGAUACAGUAAUUCGGUCCAAUAUGGCCAUCUUAAGAGAUUCUGAAGCUGACGUUUUUGAGCGUCAGCCUUAGGUCAGGAUGACGUAAUAGCAAGGGUUUUCGCCUAUAAUUUAAUUUAAUUUAUUUACUUAUAUAGCGCCCUUUAACAUUUAUGGAUGAUCAAAGGCGCUUUACAAUUAGUGUCUCUUCCACCCAUCCCACUCCAGGGGAGGACAUCCACCACACAGUAAACUCGUGCGUGGGAAAUUAACGUCUCCUACCCCAACCCUGCAGGAGACGGGGCCUACGGUUUUACGUCCUAUCCGAGAAGACGACUAUAGCAACUGGGUCCGCCGUUUUGUGUCUCAGUAUGAUUGAUAAUAAACAACAUGAUUAAUAUUGAUAAAGAUAAUUAUUUCAUGCAUAGCUAACCUUAAGUUUUCUAUUAUAGUUGUUCGAGGGUAUAUCAGGAGACUUAUUCCCGUCGGAAAUGGUCUGACUGAACAAGCUGAUUUUGAAGCAACAGAAAUCAUCAGACAAGAACAUGAAAUUUUUGUGAAACGCGACGCAAACAAAUUCGCUGGGUCUAUCAAUGUUCCUGGUGGCUGCCAUUGGAGAGAAACAAAGAACCAGCUUUUAUUGUUGACGGGAAACCUUAAGGGUGGUAAAGGACCUGCGCUACAGUGUUAUAUUCAGGAAGAGGCUUGGGUCAACAUUCCCAAAGAAGACAUUCUGCAUUUCUGCAAAGUGGUUCAUGUUUAA